GAAGGCGUACUUGGUAACGGUUUACGAGUAGCUCCGAGCAACGAUACUGUUGUCCAUAGCAAUAACAGAAUUGCUCUUCAUAAAGUCAUGAGAGUUAAAGAACAUUCUGUCACGUUGCCGGACACGUCCCCAGUCUUUGAAUUUAUAAUAAAUGCCUAUUUAUCGUGUUUUGUUUUGUUUUUUUUUUGUUGUUGUUUUUUCAGAAAGGAUCUGGUAGAUACUGUUAACGGACAAAGAACAUCUAGUAUAACUGGGUUAACAUGGAUUGGAGGUGCUUGCAACGAAUUGUAUAGAUACGCAAUAGCAGAAGAUACCCCUGGGUUGUUUGAUGGAGUCGACACACAUGUUCAUGAAAUAGCACAUUUGCUAGGAGCUAUCCACGACGGAGACGGACCUCCAGUUCAUAUGCCAAAUAGUCCAGGCGCCAAAAUGUGUCCCCAGAAUGAAGGAUAUGUCAUGAGCUAUGUAGAUGGCGGGCUUAACAAGUUUAGAUUUUCUCCCUGUUCUCAAGAUCAAUUCAAAUAUUUUCUGGGAUUGGAAGAAAGUGCCUGUCUGAGAAGCGAAACCAAACCAUCACAGAUUCCUCCAUCCCAGAUCCUUCCUGGUCAGGUCAUACCAAAUGAAAGGAGAUGUCAGCUUCUACAUCCAGACAUCAAAGAGGUUUCUGUGUAUAAGAACCCUUACGGUCAAGAAUGUAAGCUUUACUGUCAACAACCAGAAGAGAUGGACGGUUUCAAGUACUACGUUCAUGCUGGCCUGGAUGGAACGCCAUGUGGAAACAAUAUGAAAAUCUGUCUCCUGGGAGAAUGUGUCAAACCUCGAACUACAUCAACACCAGACCGGAAACCAAGUACUCCACCUAGCGAUAAUUACAAUCGUGAAAUCUAUAAGGUUAGAUUCGGACAAGGCUACAAUAUUGGUAACCCAAGUUUACAUAGGGGAAGGGUUAAUAAGUUAUAUCGUCGAUUACAAUUUAGGUUUCUUCGAGAUAAUGCAUUCUGUCGUCAAAUUAAUCCUUUGUUUUCACGAGCUCGACCAUACAAGGUACCGUUUAAUCCCUGUGUGAUUAAUUGUGGAUCGCCCUCUACUGGCAAUUGGUUUGUCACGAUGCCUGAUGGAACUCAUUGUGGAUUUUACGGGGGUUGCCUUGGAGGUGAGUGUGUUCCAGGUUUAAGAAGAAGACGUAGAAAAAAACAUUUCUCCGGACACGUUCACGUGUGAUGUCAUUAUCAUAUAAUGACACAUGUAUGUGCACGUGUCUGUAACAUUAUACCAGACUUUGUAAAACCUUACUAAAAAAAAGUUGAAUAAGUAUUUGUGAUGUGGCUCCGCUUUCCUGAUUUUGAAUAGUAUAUUUUAUUAUUCUAGUUUUAUAACUACUUUAUC